AUGGAUUCAGACAACAAUUUUCAAUCUGAUGACGAAUUUAAUGAAAUGGUGGCAGAUGCAUUGCUGGGUGUUGCAGUUUGUGUUUCAACUAAUUACCACACCAACUAUAAUGUGAAAGAACCAUGUAGAAAUUCGAAUUAUACAGGACAUCAAUUUGUAAUGGAAGUAUUAGCUAGACAUCAUAAGCGUUGUCAUGAGUUAUUUCGCAUGGAAAAGCAUGUAUUUUUAUGGCUUUGUCAAGAGCUCAAACGAAAGGAUCUAUUAAAAGAUAGUUGUGAAAUUUCUAUGGAGGAGCAAAUGGCCAUAUUUCUUAUGACAAUUGGCCAUAAUGAAAGAAAUAGGAUGCUACAAGAACGAUUUCAACACUCUGGUGAGACUAUUAGUAGGCAUUUUAAUACAGUUCUGAAAGCCCUAGUAACAUUCUCAACGUCAAUUAUUGUGCCUCCUUCGUUUGAUGAUAUCCCUAUUCACAUACGCAACAAUCCUAAAUAUUGGCAUCAUUUUAAGGGUUGCAUUGGUGCAAUCGAUGGAACGCAUAUUGAUGCAGUGAUUCCAGUCGAUCAACAAAUUGCAUAUCGUGGACAUAAAGGAGAUUCCACACAAAAUGUGAUGGCUGCUUGCUCAUUUGAUAUGAAAUUCACAUUUGUUUGGGCUGGAUGGGAGGGAUCGGCUCAUGAUUCUCGUAUACUUAACGAAGCUCUUAGUAGGCCAAAUUUGAACUUUCCCAAGCCUCCAAGUGGUAAAUAUUAUGUUGUUGAUGCUGGGUAUGCUAACAUGCCAGGAUAUUUAGCACCAUAUAAAGGAGUACGUUAUCAUUUACAAGAAUUUCAAAGAAAUCGCCAACCAAGAGGAGUUAGAGAACUGUUUAAUUAUGCUCACUCAUCUAUUAGAAAUAUAAUUGAACGUUGUUUUGGAGUUUGGAAGGCUCGGUGGGCAAUUUUAAAACAUAUGGCUCCUUUUCCAUUCCCAACACAAAGGUUAAUUGUGAUUGCAUCAAUGGCAUUACACAAUUAUAUACGACAAGAAGCAAUAGCGGAUGCCGAAUUUCGACGAUAUGAUGAUGAUGAAGGUUAUGCCAGUGACAACGAUGAUAUGUACACGCGUGCUACUUUAUCGGAAUCUAGUGGAACAAUGGACCAACAACAAGAGAUGAGCAUUAUACGUGAUGGGAUUGCUAAUUCAAUAUUGCAAUCAACUAGAUAA